CUCCACUAUCUCUCCGUGUGUUUGUUAAUCAUCUAUGAGGGUAUUCGACAGAUGAGUAAAUUAAUUAGAAGUGAGUUAGCGGAGUGAGGAAAUAACAGUGAACAUUUCAUUUGCUUUACCUAUAAACUCUAAGGUGUAUAAUAUUUUUAUGUAAAGAAAAUCGUUAUCAUGACCAUUAUUAGUAUCAUAUUUUUGUGAAUAAAACGAACAUAAAAUAGUCUGAUUUUUUUUUAAUGUUGACAAUCAUCUUCGAAAUCUAAAAAGAAACGACGACUACCUCAAAAACACUAAUACUGUGAUAAAUUUUGUUCACUUAUCACUAAUUGAAUCAUUAUAAGUAUUGUUUCCAUUGUUUCUCAAAAAAAAACACUGAUGUAAUAAUGAACCGAUUUCUUUGAACCGCUUCACUGAUCAUUAUGAUGACGACACUGUUAAAUAAUAUUAAAGAACCGUUACAUCAUAUACCAAAUCAACCAGUUAUGACGGUUACAUCGAAUUAUACCGAUUUAACUAUGCUAAGUACGAAAAUAACUACUAGUAACAACAAUAAUAAUAACAAUGGGAGUGAUAUUACUACUCAUAAUGGUAUAACAAGUAGUAGCAGCAGUGGUCAUUGCAGUGAUAAUAACGAUCUAAAUGUUGUUGAAUCACAUUUAUUACUAGACAACUGUGAUGAUGCGAUGUUAUCAUCAUGUAACAGUUCACUUAUAAUGGAUGAACAUGAAACUAACUCAGGCAGUAAUUCACCAAUGACCAAUGCAAGUGCUACCAUGGCAACUAAUGAGAAUAUUAUGACUAAUAAAAAUAAUAGCAACAACAACAACGCUAACACCAACAAUAACAAUAACAGUACACAUUCUAUAAUGCAUAUAUCGCCAUCGUCGUCUUCGUCUCCAUCAUCAUCGUCAUCAUCAUCAAUAUUGGAGCAUCAUCAAAUAUCUACCUCCAAGAAUAGAGAGUCGAAUGAUUUUCGUUGGAAUACGAAAAAUACAAAAUUAUUUGUUGGACAGAUACCAAGAAGUAUGCAAGAAAAUGAUUUACGGGUAAUAUUUGAAGAAUUUGGACCAAUUUAUGAUCUGUUAAUCUUAAGAGAUAAAAUUACUGGGAUGCAUAAAGGUUGUGCCUUCGUUACAUUUUGUCAUAGACAAUCAGCUUUAAAAUGUCAAGAUGCUUUACAUGGUAAACAGACGUUGCCUGGGAUGGCAAGACCAUUACAAGUAAAAACUGCUGAUAUGGAACGUCGUACAGAAGAACGUAAAUUAUUUGUUGGUAUGUUAAGUAAACAACAAAAUGAAGAUGAUGUCAGAUUAUUAUUUGAACCAUUUGGUACAAUUGAAGAGUGUACAAUACUUCGAGAUCAAAGUGGAAAUAGUAAAGGGUGUGCGUUUGUAAAAUUCUCUACACAACAGGAAGCACAAUCCGCUAUUCUUACUCUACAUGGAAGUCAAACAAUGCCGGGAGCUUCAUCAAGUAUCGUUGUGAAAUUUGCCGAUAGUGAAAAAGAACGUCAUACAAGAAAAAUUCAACAAUUAAUUGGUCCAAUGGGUUUAUUGAGUCCAACCAUAGCACUGUCUCAACUAAAUGGUAAUAUGUAUUCACAAAUGAUAGAGAAUAUGGCACAAACAACAGGUUAUAUAAAUCCAGUUGCCGCAUUGGCAUUACAACUUCAGCAUGCCAGUCAAUUAGCUACAGUCAACUUACCAACUAAUGUAACAAAUUUAGCAAUGAUUUCUGCUUUAACCAACGGUUCCAGUGGACAUUUAGGCUGUGCUCCACUACUGCACAGUCCACGUUCAGGUACUGUUAAUCUAUCGCCUAACUGUCAUACAAAUCCAAUGGCUGCGGCAGCAGCUGCCGCCGCUGUGCUUGGUAUGUCCGGCAAUAAUCCUCAGCUAACACAAAUAUCACCUCAAAUGGCAGCUUUAUCCAAUGUAAACAACACAUGUAUUUCUGGAGAGACAGGAAACAAUAACCCCACUAAUAAUGGAAACUCUACAGCGGCAGCGGCCGCCGCUGCACUCAGUACAAAUGCAGCAAUGGCUGCAGCCGCCGCAGCUGUAGUUGCUAUGGCAAAUGGGAAUGUGACAGGGAAUGUGAAUUCAAAUGGAACAACAUGUGGUUUGACAGGACAAACAAUAGGCUUAGGAUCUCCCGGAACUGGUGGUCACACAUUAGCUCUACAUGGAGUUCCUGGGACACAUACACCAUCGGCAACUCUUAGUGGUCUUGGCGCUGUUUCUCUUCCUUUGAAUCAAGCAAUUUCAAAUACUUCUUUUGGCUUAAAUACAUUAACAUCUCCAUUAACUGGACUUCCUACUGAUGCACUUUCCCAUUUGUAUCCCAGUGUUCCAACUUACGGAUUAUCUUAUCCUUCACCGGUCACAUCUGCUUUAAAUCCAUUCGCUACAAUGGCACAUCAAGCACUUACAAUGCCUAUACAACAGAAAGAAGGUACUAAAGAUCUAAUAUUAACAGCCAACAGUUUAACAAAUGAUCAACGGGCCGGAGGGAUGCAAUCUUUUCAUAUACCACCUACCACAGGAAUUUGGCGAUCCAGAAUUGGCUCAGAUGUUUAUGCCAUUUGGAACGGUAAUCAGUGCUAAAGUAUAUGUUGAUCGUGCAACGAAUCAAAGUAAAUGUUUUGGUUUUGUUAGCUUUGAUAAUCCAUCAAGUGCACAAACAGCUAUACAUGCAAUGAAUGGUUUUCAAAUUGGUAUGAAACGUCUUAAAGUUCAAUUGAAACGUCCAAAAAGUGAUUCUACAAAACCAUAUUGAAUUAAAACUACAAUAAUAAUAAUAAUAAUAUACAGUGUUCAAUAUGAUUUUAGCUUUAUUUUCUCCUCUUUUUCUUCUCUUUUUUCUUUCUUUAUUCUUAUCUUCUUUAAUGUUAUUAUUUUAAACAUUCUAUAUUAAUAACAAUCUAGUAUAUUUAUGUUUACGAAUUAAAUGUACACAUCCAUUUAAUUGUAUUCAAUGUAAACAAGUUUAGAAGGAGAGGAAAAGAAAGUGAAAGUGAAGGUGAAAUUCAUGCAUACAUGUGAACAAAAAGUAAUGGACAAAUAUUUUCAUCAUAAACAUAAUGGUAGAAUGAAAUCUAAAAGUAUAUUCUUCUAUUUUGUUUUUCUUUCGAAAUUCAGUAGAGCCUAUUCAUUAUUUUGUCUAGUGUACAUACUUGUAUACACAUAAUUACAAUAAUAGUAACGAAUAAGGGAUUAAUUCUUCUAAGAAUUACUAUUCAAUGAACAUCUUCAGUUUAAUCAAAUAAACUCGACAUUUCCAGAUGAAAAUACAAUAAGAUAGAAAAAAGCUGGAUAACUUUUUAAACUACUUAUUUCAACAAAAGUAGUUCUCAACAAAAUAAACAAAUAAUCAUAUUUUGAAUGAAUGAAAACUAACAUUUAAUUUCAUGUUCUUAGUUCUUAUUAGUUUUAAAGGAGAAACAAAAAACGUACGAUUUUUUUUGAGGAGGAAUAUUUUCUGUAAUUUUAUUUAAUGUUGUGUUAUUUGUUUCAUAAAUUAAUCAUUUAUUGUACCGCUUUGUCAUUUAUUUCAAUUCGGCAUAAUUCUACCAAUUUUAAUGUAUGUAUGUAUGUUUGUUCGUUUGUGUGUGUGUAUGUAUGUAUGUAUGCAUGUACGUAUGCAUAUGUUUUGUUCACAAACAUUUCUCAUAAAUUACUUUCAUAAAAUGUACGAUUAAAAAAAUAGAAGAAACUCCACUUCUUUCCUUAAUCACUAGUAAUUUAUUUUGAUCUCUAUUAUUUUAUUCCUUUAAACUGAAAUAUAGUUUGUUAUUAUUAGUUAUCUUUGCAAACUAAUAUUGACCAUAAUCUUUGGUUAAUGGUAAUUCAUUUUUGAAAUGGUUCCACUUUUUGUGUGUUAUUUAUUGAACUACUUGUAAGUAAGCAAAUUUGUUUAUCUUAAAAUACUCUGCAUUUUAUUUUGAUCGAUAUUUGGAUGGGAUGAUAUGUAAUACCUGAUGGGAAGUAUAUACAUUACUAAAUGUAUUGGCCCAAUUGGUUACAUUAUAAAUAUUCAAAAUUGAUAAUAAACACUGAUCUACUGAAAAUUUACUAAACAAGCACGAUAAAUAAUCAUCUUUCCUAAUUUUAUUAUUUACCUAUAACAUUUGGAAAUUAGUGGGUAGUAUAUGCAAUUUAACAUGAAGAAGAGGCGAAUAAUAAAUUGCUUGAUUGUCACAUUCCUCAUUUGGAAUUAAAUUUUUACGUUAUUUUACAUAACAAUAAACAAGAAAUAUUUUUCAAGCAAUAACUACAUAAAUUACUGUUCAAUAUUAGAAAUAAAUACGUUUACAACGAAGAGAAUAUCUUUAAAAAGGCAGGUAAAUAUAUGAGUUAUUUCAGUUAUGUAACAUCUUCUCUCACAUUUAUACGUAUACACUUAAUGAUCUCAUAGCUAUAAGAUCAUCAUAUUUCAUCUAACUUUGAACUGGAUUUUGGGUAUCAUUUCAAAUACAUUAAUAAUCCUUUAUAAUUAUUUGUGUAUAUGCAGUGUACGUGUGUGUGUGAAAAGAGAAUAAUAAAAUGUUUAUUUCUUUU